AUGGACACUGAGGAUUGGGACACCCGAGGAGGGGGGAAAGUUCGCCACGAAGGAAGCGGAUGCCGUCUUGAUGACAAUGUUGCGCGAACAUUCACUGAAUCCUGUCCACUGCUCACAACCAAGGGCAAAGUGGCCAUCGGACUUGUGGUCGCUAUUGUAGUCUUCUUGAUUCUCAUCAUCUUUUACUGUCACCAACGCAAUAAGAAGUAA